CACAUGGCCGUGGGUCCCUCUACAUUGUUUUAUGCACUGGGACUAUGGGACAGACUGAGAUUUUAUCCAACGUCUCUUCUGGAUCCAUGAUUGGAAGGCUCAGUUGAAUUUGUUUCCUGGAUGAACAUUCGGAUCCAUGCGGAUUGCAAAUAUAGCACUGCUCCAGGAAGCAGCAAGGAAACAGCCACCUAUACAUGCUGGCACGACUAGAAUCUGGCGGCAAGUUAACUUUAUGGGAGGUUACAUCAUGUCACUUUGUAUUGCGUUCACUUUAUACGGGAUGACGACUGCGCAAGCCUACAUCUUCAUGCUAAACUCCAAGAAAGACUCUACUUUUCUCAAAACGGUUGUCGCUACAGUUUGGUUCUUGGAGACCAUCCAUACUGUCUUCAUGCUUCGUCAGAUCUACUACCUUACAAUAGUUGGAUUCGGAGAUAUCGCGAUUAUCACAACUGUUGACUGGAGUAUCGGCGUGUUCUUAGUUGCAGAGGAUUGUAUCAUCGCCAUUGUCCAAGGGUUCUAUAUACGUCGAAUUUGGAUCCUGUGCGGUAAACGCGUUCUCCCGACGAUCGGCUUGGUCCUUCUACUUCUUGCCUGCGUAGGGUUCCACAUGACUGCCGCUGCGUUUACUUUCGUUGCUGAUACAUGGGUCGACUUCCAAACGCUUUUUGGAGCCACGCUCUGCGUCGAGGUCUCCAAUGCGCUUUCUGCUGCCUUGGAUGGUAUCAUUGCAGCGGUCAUGAUCUUUAUUCUGAAUAAAAGCAUGACUGGGUUCAAGAGGACAGAUAGUAUCCUCCGCUGGCUGAUGGCUUACUCGGUCAAUACCGGGCUUCUUACAAUGAUUGUAUCAGUCUCGAUAGCCAUCGUCUACUCUCGUGACCGAGAGAGCCUUAUCGCUAGUGGCCUGACAACAAUCUCCGGCAAACUCUAUGCCAAUUCGUUCCUCGGGCUCUUGAACGCACGGGAUCUGAUGCGUUCCAAAGGCCAGCAAAGUACUACAACGCCGGUCCUCGAUACCAGCAGUUUCGAGUUGUCUAACUAUCGAGGAAGCUCUGGACGGGUAACUCAAGGCUCUGCACCACAACAUAUCGCCUUCGCUCACUCUGCAGAGUACUCGACCAAGAGUAAUAUGGUCGAUUCGGAAGAGACCGAGACGAAGGUAAUCGACAUAGUACCGGAUGCUCAGAACGUCGGCGAAGUGUAGUCUGAAUGCAGUCAACUCGCUGGGAUCUUUGCCGGCGGCGGCGACCGUCUUUCUUCGGGCGGGGAGCACAUUGUUAAAUUAUGGAGUGUACUUUAUAACUGGUCGUUGAGCAAAACACAGAUGUAAGGCUAGACGUGAGGACAAUAGAGUCACUCUGUCCAUGUAC